AUCAAYUCAUGUAUGAUGGCGAGAUGGCACAAGACAGAGAAGAAGAGCGGUGUGGCUAUAUACAAUUUCAAAGGUACGGGGGUAUCACAGCUACCUCUCCAGAUUGGUGAUGUGGUCCAUAUCUUGGAGUCCUGCGAAGAUUGGUACAGGGGUUAUCUAGUAAGACACAAAGGACUGGAGGGAAUAUUUCCUAAAUCUUUUAUCCACAUCAAGGACAUUACUGUGGAAAAGAAAAGACAUACAGAAAAUAUAAUACCUGCUGAAAUCCCCUUAGUACAAGAAGUUACCACUACCCUUUGGGAAUGGGGCAGCAUCUGGAAACAGCUCUAUGUGGCAAAUAAGAAUGAGCGGUUCCAGCAGGUACAGUCUAUGAUGUGUGACUUAAUGGAGUGGAGGUCACAACUUCUGUCUGGGACUCUGCCAAAAGAUGAGCUGAAGGAACUCAAGCAGAAAGUCACUUCCCGAAUUGACUAUGGUAACAAGAUACUUGAGCUAGACUUGAUAGUUAGAGAUGAAGAUGGGAAUAUCUUGGAUCCAGAUAAAACGAGUGUCAUCAGCCUAUUUCAUGCACAUGAAGAAGCAACUAAUAAAAUCACUGAGCGGAUUAAGGAGGAAAUGUCAAAAGAUCAACCAGAUUAUGCCUCGUACUCGCGAAUGUCUUCGUCCCCCACGUACAGUUUGUAUGUAUUUGUGCGGAAUUUUGUUUGCCGAAUUGGGGAGGAUGCAGAGCUCUUUAUGUCACUCUAUGACCCACAGAAACUAACAAUUAUAAGUGAGAACUACUUGGUGAGAUGGGGGAGCAGAGGUUUUCCAAAGGAAAUCGACAUGCUCAACAAUCUGAAAGUAGUGUUCACAGAUCUUGGAAAUAAAGACCUUAGCAGAGAUAAAGUUUAUUUAGUUUGCCAAAUAGUCCGAGUUGGGCGGAUGGAUCUCAAAGACAGCAACUCCAAAAAAUGCACGCAAGGACUGAGACGGCCUUUUGGGGUGGCAGUUAUGGAUAUCACAGAUAUCAUAAAAGGCAAAUCUGAAAGCGAUGAAGAAAAGCAGCAUUUCAUUCCCUUUCACCCAGUAGUGGCAGAGAACGACUUCUUACAUAGUCUCCUAAGCAAAGUCACAGCAUCAAAAGGAGACAGUGGUGGACAAGGUCUCUGGGUAACUGUGAAAAUGCUUGUUGGGAAUGUGACUCAAACUAGGAAGGACUAUCCCCACCUUGUAGAUAGAGCCACAGCUGUUGCUAGAAAGCUGGGAUUUCCAGAAAUAAUCAUGCCAGGAGAUAUAAGAAAUGACAUUUACAUUACAUUGCUAUCUGGAGAUUUUGAUAAAUACAAUAAAACAACUCAGAGAAAUGUAGAAGUGAUAAUGUGUGUUUGUGAUGAAGAUGGAAAAGUGAUACCAAGUGCCGUUUGCUUGGGAGCCGGGGACAAGCCUGUGAGCGAGUAUCGAUCAGUUCUUUAUUACCAGGUUAAGCAGCCCCGCUGGAUGGAAACACUAAAGGUAGCAGUCCCAAUUGAAGACAUGCAGAGGAUACAUUUGCGUUUCAUGUUCAGGCACAGGUCAUCUCAAGAAUCUAAAGAUAAGGGAGAAAAGAAUUUUGCAAUGGCUUACAUAAGGUUGAUGAAAGAAGAUGGAACAACUCUUCAAGAUGGCAUCCAUGAUUUGUUAGUCCUGAAGGGUGAUAGUAAAAAAAUGGAAGAUGCCAGUGCUUAUUUGACAUUACCUUCCACACGUCAGCACUCAGAAAGUAAAGGAGCAACUAUAGGCAGGAACUCGAGUAUUGUAGGUGGGCUUUCAGUAAGCUCACGAGAUGCGUUUUUUAUUUCAAGUCUUGUUUGUUCUACAAAGUUAACUCAAAAUGUGGGCCUACUAGGUCUUCUGAAGUGGCGUAUGAAGCCAGAGCUGCUACAGGAAAACUUGGAAAAAUUGAAGAUUGUGGAUGGAGAGGAGGUUGUGAAGUUUCUCCAAGAUACACUGGAUGCACUGUUUAACAUCAUGAUGGAACAUUCCCACAGUAAUGAGUAUGACAUCCUUGUCUUUGAUGCACUGAUAUAUAUAAUAGGACUCAUUGCAGACCGCAAAUUUCAACAUUUCAACACUGUUUUGGAAGCAUAUAUCCAACAGCAUUUUAGUGCAACUUUGGCAUACAAGAAAUUAAUGACAGUUCUGAAAACUUACUUGGAUACUUCUAGCCGAGGAGAGCAAUGUGAACCAAUCCUGAGAACUCUCAAAGCUCUGGAAUAUGUUUUCAAAUUCAUUGUUAGGUCAAGGAAAUUAUUUUCACAGUUAUAUGAAGGCAAAGAGCAAACCGAAUUUGAGGAAUCUAUGAGGAGACUCUUUGAAUCUAUCAACAACCUGAUGAAAAGUCAGCAUAAAACAGCCAUUUUGCUGCAGGUUGCUGCCUUGAAGUACAUACCAUCCGUUCUUCAUGAUGUUGAAACUGUCUUUGAUGCCAAGCUGCUGAGCCAACUGCUGUAUGAAUUUUACACUUGCAUUCCACCUGUGAAACUACAGAAGCAGAAGGUGCAGUCCAUGAAGGAAAUAGUACGCAGCAACCUUUUCAAAAAACAAGAAUGCAGGGACAUUCUGCUUCCUGUGAUUACUAAAGAGCUGAAGGACUUACUGGAACAAAAAGAUGAUCAGCAGCUCCAGGUCCAAGAGAAGAAGUACUGUGUUGAAUUACUCAAUAGCAUCCUAGAGGUUCUGAGCUGUCAAGACCCUGCAUCAACUUAUCACCAUAUUCAAGAAAUAAUGGUACAGUUGUUGCGCACAGUCAAUAGAACUGUUAUUACGAUGAGACGAGAUGACACCUUAAUUAGUCAUUUUGUGGCCUGCAUGACCGCGAUCUUAAGUCAGAUGAACAACCAACAUUACUCAGUUUAUAUUGAAACUUUUCAGACAAGUUCCGAACUAGUGGACUUCUUGAUGGAAACUUUUAUAAUGUUCAAAGAUCUCAUUGGAAAGAAUGUUUAUCCUGCAGACUGGAUGGCAAUGAGCAUGGUGCAGAACAGGGUGUUUUUGAGAGCCAUCAACAAAUUUGCAGAGACAAUGAACCAGAAGUUUCUGGAGAAUAUGAAUUUUGAAGUCCAACUGUGGAACAACUAUUUUCAUUUGGCUGUGGCUUUUAUUACUCAAGAUUCACUCCAGCUAGAAAAUUUUUCCCAUGCAAAAUACAACAAAAUCCAAAAUAAAUAUGGUGAUAUGAGACGUUUAAUUGGCUUUGCUAUCCGUGACAUGUGGUACAAACUCGGAAAUAAUAAGAUCUGUUUUAUUCCGGGAAUGGUCGGGCCCAUCUUGGAAAUGACUCUUAUUCCGGAAGGUGAACUACGAAAAGCCACAAUCCCCAUCUUCUUUGACAUGAUGCUAUGUGAAUAUCAAAGGACAGGAGAAUUCAAAAAGUUUGAAAAUGAAAUAAUUUUGAAGUUGGACCAUGAGGUGGAAGGAGGACGUGGAGAUGAACAAUAUAUGCAGUUGUUUGAGUCGAUUCUCAUGGAGUGUGCCUCUCAGUAUCCGGACAUUUGUAACUCGGUUGAAAGUUUUGUCAACCUGGUUAAAGGGCUCUUGGCGAAGCUGCUGGAUUACCGGGCUGUGAUGAGUGACGAGAGCAAGGACAACCGCAUGAGCUGCACCGUGAACCUCCUGAAUUUCUACAAAGACAUUAACCGUGAAGGGAUGUAUAUCAGGUAUUUGUAUAAAUUGCGAGAUCUUCAUUUAGAUUGUGAGAAUUACACGGAGGCUGCAUAUACUCUUCUGCUCCAUACGUGGCUCUUGAAGUGGUCAGAUGAGCAGUGUGCACCCCAAGUCAUGUCAACAGAGUUCCAGUGUUCGCAGACUCACCGACACUUGAAAGAGAAUUUGUACGAGAAGAUUAUAGAAUACUUCGACAAGGGCAAGAUGUGGGAAGAAGCCAUAUCUUUAUGUAAAGAACUUGCAGAACAGUAUGAAAAGGAAGUUUUUGACUAUGAACUUUUAAGCCAAAACCUGAUUCAACAAGCCAAGUUCUAUGAAAACAUCAUGAAAAUUCUAAGGCCUAAACCAGAUUAUUUUGCUGUUGGGUAUUAUGGCCAAGGAUUCCCCACAUUUCUAAGGAACAAAGUAUUCAUCUACCGUGGGAAGGAGUAUGAGAGGAGAGAGGAUUUCCAGGCACAGCUGAUGAGUCAGUUUCCCAACGUAGAGGAGAUGACCACGACCUCGGCGCCUGGAGAGGAGGUGAAGAACUCUCCUGGCCAGUACAUUCAGUGUUUUACAGUGCAGCCAGUCCUGGAGGAGCAACCUAGAUUCAAAAAUAAGGCAGUACCYGAUCAAAUUAUUAAUUUUUAUAAGUCCAACAAUGUGCAGCGCUUCCACUAUUCAAGACCAGUCAGAAAAGGAUCUGUUGACCCUGAAAAUGAAUUUGCUUCUAUGUGGAUUGAGAGAACAUCAUUUGUUACGGCAUACAAACUUCCAGGAAUUUUACGAUGGUUUGAGGUUGUCUCCAUGUCUCAGACUACAAUUAGUCCUUUAGAGAAUGCUAUUGAGACUAUGUCCAUGACAAAUGAAAAGAUUUUGAUGAUGAUCAACCAGUACCAGAGUGAUGAAAACCUUCCUAUUAAUCCACUCUCCAUGCUUCUGAAUGGAAUUGUUGAUCCAGCUGUUAUGGGAGGCUUUGCUAAGUAUGAGAAGGCUUUCUUUACAGAUGAAUAUAUCCGAGACCAUCCAGAGGAUCAAGAAAAGCUGAACAGACUCAAAGAUCUAAUUGCUUGGCAGAUACCUUUCCUCGGGGCUGGAAUUAAAAUUCAUGAAAGAAGAGUUUCUGAUAACCUUCGUCCUUUCCACGACCGAAUGGAGGAAUGUUUCAAGCACUUAAAAGUUAAAGUGGAAAAACAAUACGGAACCAGAGAAUUGCCAGAUUUCGAUGACAAGAGAGUAGGACGGCCAAGAUCAAUGCUGAGAUCCUAUCGCCAGUUGUCGGUUAUUUCACUGGCUUCCAUGAAUUCAGACUGCAGUACUCCAAACAAAAUUGCUUCAGAAAGCUUUGAACUGGAAGCAGUGCUAUCAAAGCCAGUAAAAUCAGAAUCAGAGGAGAAUACUUUGCCAAGUAACCCUCACCCUGAGGUAAAAAUGAGAAGGUCCAAAAAAAGAACAAAAAGAAGCAGCGUGGUGUUUGCUGAUGAGAAAACGGUACCCGAUAUUUCCAACUCUGACGUGAAAAGUUUGUCACGGAAAUACGAGUUCAUGAGUGACACCAAUCUCUCGGAGCAUGUAGCAGCCCCUCAGAAAACAUCUGUCCUCAAACAAAUGAGCUUUGUCAGUCGCUCCAUGCCUACUAUCACAGGAUUAACUAUGUCAGUGAGCCCUGCGGCGCCCGAUGAAACGAUUGCGUCACACAGGCUCAGUCAGCCUGUGUUCCCUUCCACCUCAGAUGGUGACAAGAAAAAUAUGAAAAAAAAGAAAGUGAACCAGCUAUUUAAAACAAUGCGCAUUUCCAAAGUUCUGGAAGACGGAAAGCACUCUUCUCUGGAGCACCAUUUCAAAUCUUCUACGGAUCUGUGAAUGUCCAAAACCAUUUGCAACCAAAAAUAAUSACAUAAAUCUAUAUCUAUAUCUCCUUUUUUUAUAUGACUGUCUACUGUAGAGAAAAGCACUGAUACUGUAGAUAGCUAGUAGAGAAUACAAACGACUGUAUUCAUGGGCUCUGAUAACAGUUACUUGUGAUAUAGAUAGAGGGAUACAGACUAAUAGCAUUUAAAGAAAAUACUACAGGAUGUGCCAACCAGGAUAUGGAACAAAAGUUUAUUGAGCCUCUUUAUUACACAAGUCAAAGGACAUUGUGUGCUCCCUGGUGAUAAAACUCAUGCUGGCAAAGAUUGAUGUUAAAGGGCCAUCUGCAGUGCUUAACA